AUGAUGUUAAGAAAAAGAAGAGAAAAGAAUAUCUUGCAUGAUAGUAUAGUUGGGGUGCAAGAUUAUAGUGCUAUUCCUGCUACUAAUUUAGGAUUUUUAUCUGGUUAUAAUCUUGGUUUAGAUUCAGGUAAAGAAAUGUAUUCAACAUAUGAUGUAUUCAGAGCUCAUUUUCAUAAAAUUGUUUUAAAUUAUAUUACUUUUUAUUAUUUCAUUUUUUUCAAUCUUCAUGAAACUGUUAUAAACUCAGUUGAAUUAGUAAGAAUUUUCUUUUUAGAUUUUAAAUACAAAAUUCAUGAUUAUAAAAAAUUACCUAACCAACGUUAUUUUCAAAAUUUACUUACUGAGGUUAUAUAUUAUUGGGAAUUGGUUUGGUCAAUUCCUACUUUAUUAUGGAAAGUUAUUGAUCCAAGAUCUGGUACACCUGCCGGUUUAAAAAACUGUUUACUUCAUAUUCCUAAAACAAAUACCCCUUCAUCGAUUGGUUUAAUUUUACAUAGUGAUAAUUUGAUGAUAGAACCACCACCUGAAAUUCCUCAACCUUAUUUAGAUUCUGAUAGAAAUAUCAAAAUUCCAGAUAGAAAAAAAAUUCAGUAUUCACUAGCUAUAAGAAAUGAAUAUUUUACUCAACUCAAAUCACAUAAUGCAGCAGAAAGGGUUAGGUUAUUAAGAGAAAUUGGUAAAUUUAUUACUUGGAGUUGUUUAGUUCCAAGUAUUCAAAAUGUUUCAAUUUAUGAAAAAUCAGCUAAAUGUUGGGAAGGUGAAUCAAAUUUUUUAGAUGCUAUCAAGAAUGCAAUUUUAAUUGAAUUAAUUGCAGUUAAAAAUACUUUUAAUCCAGAAGAAUUGAAAAAAUUUAAAGAAUCUUUACCUAAAAUUGUUUUGGUAAAUAAAUUUACAAAAUUAAAGUAUGUUGUUCAUGAAGAAGAUUUUAUGCCAAAUAAUCCAAAUGAAGAAGUUACUGUUGCAGAUAUAAUCAGUGGGUAUGAAAAUCAAAGAACAUUAUUUGUCAAUGUUUGUGAUAGAAGAAUUCGUGAAAUUAGUUACAAUCUUUUAACAAAUAAACUAGACUUAAAGCCAGAAGAUGAAAUAUUUGACAUUGAAUUUCCAACAACUCCUGAAUUGAUUAUUGGUGCUAAACAUGAUCGUGGUAUUAUGAAUACAUUAGAGGGUUUUGCUUGUAUUGAUGAAAAUUAUAGACAUCAAAAUUCUCAAACUGUUGUUUAUUUUUCACAUCUUAGAUUUGGUUUUAAAUUUUUUUCAAGAAGUUUAUAUCAUUAUGUUUUAGAACAUCCGUUUAAAUCUCCAGUAGAUGAAACAGCUCAAGUUACUGGCUAA